UACAUAAUAAUAAUAAUAGUAAUUAAAAAAAAAAAAAAAAUAUAUAUAUACACCGUAUUUUUCACCCCACAAGACGCACAUGACCAUAAGACACGCCUAGUUUUUAGAGGAGGAAAACAAGAAAAAAAAUAUUCUGAACCAAUGGACUGCAGACAUAGUACAGGAGAUGACAAGAGACUGCGGACAUAGUACAGGAGAUGACCAGAGACUGUGGACAUAGUACAGAAGAUGACCAGAGGCUGCAGACAUAGUACAGAGGAUGACCAGAGACUGCAGACAUAGUACAGGGGAUGACCAGAGACUGCGGACAUAGUACAGGAGAUGACCAGAGACUG